AUGGUGGCCUCAAAAGAGAGGAAGAUGGUGAUUUCACACCAGAUGCUGAGAGGAAGCGCUAGAGUUCAGGUCGUGAACGAGAACGGCAACCCGAUCUUGGACGACCAAGUGCAGGAGGGACAGUUGUUCAUCGUGCCUCAGAACCACGGAGUGAUCACGCAGGCCGGCAACGAGGGAUUCGAGUACAUCGCCUUCAAGACCAACGACAACGCCAUGAUCAGCACUCUAGCUGGCCGGACUUCCAUACUGCGCGCACUGCCGCUGGAGGUGCUCGCCAACGCCUACCAGAUUCAGCGCCAGCAGGCCCAUCAGCUCAAGUACAAUUACAAUAGGCAGGAAACCAUUGCCUUGAGCUCCAGCCAGUCUUUCCAGAGGAGGGUAGUUGCGUAA